ACGCUCGUUUCACUAUUCACUCGUUUCCAUCUUGUGAAGGUUGUUUUAUUUUUUAUUUCCACCGUGCACUGCGCUUUCCGGCAUUGGGUUGGUACAGCUAGUGCACUUUCCUGCAGGAUACCAGUGAAAAAAUACCCGAAAACGAUCAAAGGUGAAUUUCUACCAGGCCAACGUGACGCAAAGUUGACGGAUCGGUUUGUUCUCCGAAGGUACACCCGUUCGCUCAAGCAACCUUGCUUCCACCCUGUUGAGAAAAAGAAAUAAGUCAAAUUGUGAUGUAAGUGCAUUUUUCAUCGGCUGGGAAUCGCAAAGGCGUCGCGUGUUCUGAGGAGAAACAUACUUCGAUCAGUGCACUAGGUUGGCACUACCAUAUUCGCGACCGAUUCACCGGUGACAACCUGAAGCGCACACGCAGUGAGUGCUGAGUUUAUCUCUAACAAGUGUUUGGUGUGGGCUCCAAAUUAUUAGAAUUUUGAUUGAAUAACAGUGAGUUUAUCAGCGAGUAGUGGAUCGAAAAUCGCAGCAAAUAGCAAAGAGAUUCUUUCUAUAAAAUUAUGUCGAGUCAACAAAAGCAUCGCGUACAGGUUCCCGACAAGCUAAGAGAUGUGCUGUUGGAGUUUUCGAUAGCCUACCUUCUUGAGCAGCCUGGAGAUGUCAUCGACUACGCGGUGGCGUUUUUUACUAAAAUGCAGGAAGACCGCAGAACAAUGGCAUCGGCCGAGCCAACUUCACCGGACGAAAGCAUUUUGUCGCACGACGAAGAACCGCUGGUAAAUCGGUAUGCAUCACGUAGAAAAUCGGUGUUCGCAGAAACCUACGAUCCCGAAAACGACGAUGAAGACGAAGGAGCAAGAGCGAUAUUUCCCAAAACGGAUGAGCAGCGGGCUAGAUUGUGUGAUUCGGUCAAAAACAUUCUUCUCUUCCGAUCUUUGGACAAAGAACAGAUGAACGAGGUCCUUGAUGCCAUGUUUGAAAAAAUUGUGGAAGCUAACGACUAUAUCAUCAAAUUAGGGGAUGAUGGUGACAACUUUUACGUGAUUGAAUCGGGAACUUAUUUCGCAUUCGUAGGUGAAGAACAGAAGCACAUACACACGUACGAUAAUAGAGGUAGCUUUGGGGAGCUGGCUCUUCUUUACAACAUGCCUAGGGCUGCCACCAUUCAAGCGCAAACAGACGGCAGGCUAUGGGCAAUGGAUCGUCAAACCUUCCGACGAAUCUUACUAAAAUCUGCGUUUAGAAAACGGAAAAUGUAUGAAGCUCUUUUGGACUCUGUUCCCAUGUUGAAAACACUCCAGAACUAUGAGAGGAUGAAUCUGGCUGAUGCUUUGAUACCACAAACAUACGCUAAGGGCGAUCGAAUCAUCAAACAAGGCGAUGCGGCUGAUGGUAUGUACUUCAUUGAGGAUGGUAAAGUAUCCAUCCGUAUUCAACAGGAUGCCGGCGAAGUGGAGAUCUCCAAUCUAGAAAAGGGAGGAUACUUUGGCGAACUUGCUCUAGUGACGCACAGGCCCAGAGCGGCAUCCGCUUACGCCGUCGACAAUGUGAAAGUAGCAUUUUUGGAUGUGGAUGCAUUUGAACGUCUUCUCGGACCCUGCAUGAACAUUAUGAAGCGUAACAUCGGGGACUACGAAACGCAGCUAGUGAAAAUCUUUGGCAGCAAAAACAACAUCACCGACAUUCGAUAAAGAGAAAUUAAAUAUUUUGCUAUCAAUAAGAAAUUUGCUAAGAAAAGAAUGACGAAAUCAUGAUCUUAAUCGUACACACAAUCGUCAAUAUUUAGGAUAACUAUCGUUUCCAGAAUAUUUUUUCCAGAGUAGAUGAUGCAAAAUGCGGAUUAUAAAACAUCAAAAAGUCACUCUUUAGUCAGAACCAAUUGGAAUGAUGUUUCACGAGUAUUCAAUAAGAAUAGUAACAAUGAAGUAAUUCAUCUGCUAAGCCCAGUUUUAGGUAAGAAGCGCUACAAUUUGUAUACACAGAGAAGCAUACAAAAUCAGGUAAAGGUGUUUACCGUCUAUCCGGGUGUGAUCGAGAAUCAAAAUUUCAUCAAAUGUCAUCAAAGGACACCAACGGAGAAAAUAUGAAAUAACGUUUCCAAACGUUAAAAUCCUUUUAACAAUCAAUAUCCAGCCUUGUCCCCGAUUGGUCAGCACACGAUGCUUCUCAAGUAAGUGAUGAGCUUGAAGCAUUCUUCCUUCUACUAACCCUUCCAAUAUUGACUCAAUAACGUGUAAUGAUUAUCUAUGAUAUCAAGGGACUUAUUUAAAAGGCGCCAGACGUUUCGAUCGGAUGUCAUGUAUAAAACUAAAGUUGAUGGAUAUAUACAGAUGUGUAUAAGGGAUGUUCCAAUGUAAACGGUACUUUUUUACAGUAGCGUGCUUUCCUUUCCAUUCUUUACGCCCCCCUUUAGCUUCUAAUUUGCAUCUUUAUUGAGUCACGCAUUUCAAGACAUUGAGCCUUUUCCUAUGUGGUUGUUUUUAAAUUUGUAAUCUUUUGUUUGCAAAUACAACCAAUAUCAAAUAUAAACAUACAACACAUUUUGAGCAAUUGGGGAAAUGUAUGCAAUGAUUAGGUGAAAUGUAGAGAUUGGCUCAUAUUCAUGUGCAUGUAAGUCUCUUGAGGAUGGUCAUAACGUUGAUAAUUACAUUAUGAAAGCCAAACUAUGUUGCUGUAGUGAUCGUACUUUCAAGCAGCUUUCUACAUACACCCAAUGCAGAUUAUUUGAAAUAUUUCUUUUCGUAACAAUAAUUUGACCAAGAUUGAACCACUGUAGACUGCAGUGUUUUACUUUCUUUGGAACUUCCUCAUUUACAUACAUAUUAUACCGAUCGAAAGUCUCCGAACAAUGCAACUACAACAAUGCAAUUCCAAUGUGAUAGUAUUUAAAUCCAGUUUAAACCGUAACCGUGGGGAACACGGUACAGUUUUUCAAAUUCAACCAACCGAUUCGUUCCAUUAAAACUUAUUUAUUUUGUUUAAAUUAUAAAAAAAUACGGAGGAAUCAAUAAGCAUAAACCAGCAUGAUCUACCAUGGUACACAGUUACAGGAUUAUUUCCGCAGCAGAAUUUCAAACUUUAACACCACACUUUACACUCUUGAAUUGAAUUUACAGACAAAUUCAAGUCGCACCCAGGCAUGAAUAAGUUAAACGAUCUAAUUUUAUAUUUGUCACCAUCUCUUUCUCUUGCAAUUAGAAAUCCAUAGACUCUUCCAUCUUAUCAUUGUUUGUGAAUGAAAUUAGUCAAGCAACAAUUCUGUCAUGAGAAAAUCCUAAAACCCGUCGAUUCUUGCAUUGAUCGGAGACUAAUGUGUAUGUAUUUCUUUUCCACCUUAUGGGGCAGUCUUUGAAUAUUUACGGCGUGAGCAUAUGCCUGUUGUAUGAAAUUUUGGUUUGACAACGUUUAAUAUUGUUAAGAAUAUUAAAUGCAAAAUAAUGAAAAUAAUUCUUAAUUCAUUGGUUGUUUGGCCGAAACUGCUGCUGGUCGGUUGAUAAUUUAUACCUAAUUUAUUGUUUGUUAUAUGUUCGCCAUUUAGUAAGACAUGUUGAGUGUAUGCUUAAGACGAGUUGUUAUUUAAAAAACCCAAAACGAAACGAAUUGGUUUUGUAGAAGCUCAUUAAUUACAAUAAAAUUUCGUUUAGUCAAAAUAGAACUACAAAUGAUGAGAUGAAACUAUAAGAGAUCAGAGAUGUUAGAUAAUCAGAAGUACAGAAUGCGUACAAAAAACUAACAAACUCUGCUUUAUACUGGAACAAAGAGAGAGCCCGAUUGCUUUAAUGUAGGACACGUGCAAGCACAAGCAGAAGGCAAUAUUGCAAAGAGAGGAGCCAUAAAAUUUUAAAUUUUAACUAAGCCCAUGUGACACCGGCGCAUCGUACUAGAAUAUCAAACGAAAACACCUAUGAUAAAAUGUAAAAAAUGCAGCAGAUUGCUUUGAAAAUAUGUAAAAACAGAAUAAAUGAUGUAUUAUUUUGCACGGAGUACUUUGACCACUUUGUACGUGAAGUGUCGAGCGCGAAGUUAAGCCGUUAAAGAAAAACUAACACAUUGAGGAGUACUUAAUUAGAAACAUAACGGCGUCUGAAAGUACUGCAGAGGAAGUGCAUAGCACUUAGAAAAAAGCAAACUAAUCGGCCCCUUCUCGUAUUGAAUAUCUACACUGAUGAAACAACUAAACUCGAUGAUGUCGCCAAUAGUCCAAUAAAAGUAUCUGUUUGUUAAAAAGAUCAAAAAAUCAAAACACAAAAAUGUAUUAUUAAAAGAGGAGAGCUUACCUAGCGAUAGUGUGGUUUGAUUAAUGCAACGCUUCUUUGGCCAGAUAUUAAUUUAUAACGGUCAACAUAUCAACUGUGGAAAGAUGCAAAACAUUCGAAGUAUAUGUAAGUUCGCGCGAACAAUUUGCAAAGCAUUGCACUUAAUUAGUAUUAGUGCCGUGCGAUCUUGCUCUUUUAGAUAAUAAUUGACCCCUUUCAAUACUAUUUGUCUAGACAAGUGAGGAAGUAUGUGGAAGAUUUGAAAGAAGGAAAGUUUAUUUCGCUGAAAGUAUAAAUUUACGUGUUCAUCAAACAUGUUCUUUUGCUCGAAUGAAAUGUGUGUCAUGUCGUGAGGAAGUGAUGAAAGAACAUAAUGUGAAAUGUUUUUUACAUCCAAUGGUCAUGCAAUAAAGUGUUGCUUUUAUCAUUUCCAUACACCCGUCGGUGUUUGGAAGAAAUGUAAAAUGAUCUAUUUUAACCAAAAGUUCUUUCAAUUUAUGUGUCUAGAAUGGUCUGGUUAUUGAUCCAUAAAUUAUUUGUAGCUACGUAAAAC